AGUGCGAAGAGGUUACACAAGAGAGAAAGCGCAGCCAACCGGGGGACGAGAGCUGAGCAGCUGCAAAAUUGCAAAUUUGGGGCAAAACACCAAACAUCUGCCUCGACUCCUCGAGUGGUCAAAAAUGAGAUGGCAGUGGAGUCGGAAAUGUUUGCAUGAAGGUCAAUUCCCAGCAGUCGCCUCCGUGCACUUGACGGUAAUUUAUGGCGCAAGCGUUUCUAGCAACAUCCCGACCUCGGCUCGUGCGCAUUCGCGGUUCGUCAGUCGUCACCCCCUCCGCCACGAGAGAGCACCCCGAGUCCAGCCGAAGAAGAUGAGAGGAACCGCCACCGCACUAGCCGUGGCCGCCAUGGCCGCCGUGGUCCAGGCCGUGUCCAACACAACGUCGCUGAACACGACAUGCGUCACAGGCGUCUACAUGCUCGUCGCGCGCGGCAGUAGCGAGCUGCCGGGGCUCGGCCUGAUGGGCGGUGUCGCGCAAAAGGUGUCGCAGGCCAUACCCGGGUCCGCCAUUGUGCCCAUCGACUACCCGGCCACCUUUGCCGACUACGUCAAGUCAGAGGUCUCGGGCGCCCUCGCCAUAAGCUCCGCCGUUGAAUCCUACACCCACCUGUGCCCAAAGGCCAAGAUCGCGCUGCUAGGCUACUCGCAGGGCGGCCAGGCCGUCAUGGACUCGCUGUGCGGCAAUAGCGAGGUCGGCUUUGUCGUCACUCCCGACCUUGCAGACGUUUACGAUUCGGUUGUCAUUGCGGCAGUGACUUUCGGCGACCCGAGCCACAUCAUCAACGUCCCAUGGGACCGCGGAACUAGCAACAAGACGGGCCUCUUCCCCCGCAAGAACAUAACCGCCUGCGAGCCCUUCUCGGACCAGAUCCGCGGGUGGUGCGAUUCAGGGGACACGUAUUGCGACUCGGGAACCAACAGAGCUGUCCACGGCAGCUACUUUGCCAACUACACCACUGAUGUAGUCGACUUCGUCGUCAGUAAAUUCAACGCGUCCGCCGCAUCGACGUCGACGUCAACGACAACAACGGCAGCUCCGUCCACCAGCACGGCUCCCACCAGCACCAGCACCAGCGGCAGCACCAGCACCAGCACGACCAUCACUUCCACAGGCGCGCCGUCUCCCACUAGUGCAGCAGCCAGUCUCACCCCGUCACUAGCUACGUUUGCGUCGCUUGUUCUCUCUGUUCUGUAUAUGGCGAUGUUGUGAUAGCCGACUCGACCGACAAUUUCCGAGUCAUGAAUGGAUUGGCCGUGUUAAUACGGAGGUUCUUACCCCGGCAAACGCCACAUGAGUUGGAAUGUAAUCACGUCAGGAAAGUUCGGUUUUGGGUAGUCUGAUAGGCAGAGCAUUUCAGACAUUAUGGUGUUGGCCAAAAAGUACAUACGCUCUCUCCCUGCAAU